CUUAGCAGGAGCCCCAUAAGUCAAGGAUAGUAGUCUGUAUACUUACGUAUCAACCCUCUGCAGCUUCCGGGGGAUUUGCCAAAGACAAAAUGACCACGCGCUCUGGAUUGGAGGGUUUCUGCGACGUGUGCCGUCACGCCAACGACAUCCACAAAACCGCUCGCUGCCCUGCCAAGCGUUGCAGAAACAUGUGGAAGCUGUGCACCAGCGGGACCUGCUUCGAGAACGGAUUGAAGGAAUACCGACUGUGCUUUGGAUGCGUGGCCCACCCCGGCAUGAAGGGCAUGGUGGAAUUCAAGGAGGAGAAUCCGGAUGUGACCAAGAAGCAGUCAAAGGAUUACAAGAAGACGGGUCAACCUGGUGGCGACACCCCCAGCGGCGAGACCAAGGCGGAGGAAGUGCGCCGUCAGCUGGAGAAAGACAAUCAGGAAACACCUUCGCGUUUGGGCAAAAAUCGCCGCUAAGUGGAUGUUUCUAGGCGCUUUUCUUCUGGAGGGUGCUUUGGUACAGUACAUGCAUACUCCGUUUCGGUUCUGAGAUACCCAAUUUGGCGUUG